CAAAUUGUUGCACCAGAUGCACCGUUUUCCCCGGGUCAGGUCCGUCGGCCCUUCACCGUCAUAUCUCGCUGCAGAUUUUUAAUCACCCUUAAUCAUCAGUGAUUCUGCAGGGAGGCACCAUGCUGACCAGUAUUACUGAAGGCAUACUGUGCUGCCUCACUGGGAAGGCUGCCAGUCUGGUCUUGCCCCUGGAGUCAUCAGAACCCUCUGAUGGUUUUGAGUUUGUGGAGGUGAAACCUGGGAGAGUCCUGCGAGUGCGGCACAUCAUCCCAGAGCGUCAGCCUGUGGUAACGGAACAGCAAGUUGCAGGCGAGGAGAAGACGGAUGCCGACUGUGACGAUGGCAGCUCUCCUGAGGAUUUUAAUAAGGAGGGCAAUACCGGCAGCAGCGUCCACUGCAAGAGGAAGAUCACCGUCUACCGCAACGGCCAGCUGGUGAUUGAGAAUCUCGGUGAUGUUUUGCACUCUGAGAUCCUUCAGUGUCAGGAUGGGGAUCUGGAGCCUUGUAGCACUGUAGAGGUGGAGCUGGCUGACUACAAAGAAAUGCCCUCUUCUCCAGACCCCAACCCAGUUCCUCCUCCAGUUCCUCCAUCCCUUGGGGAACAGAAACCUGCACCGCCUCCUCGCCGCCGCCGUCGCAAGCCAAAGCGCACGGUGCUAAUCGACUCAAAGAGGGUGGUCUCGAGCUGCAAAGGGACGCACUCGGACGUAGCUCUGUUCUUCGUUCAUGGUGUUGGAGGUUCUCUGGACAUUUGGAGCAGCCAGCUGGACUUCUUCUCUCGGCUGGGCUAUGAGGUCAUCGCGCCCGACCUAGCAGGACAUGGGGCCAGCACUGCCCCACAGAUUGCAGCAGCUUACACUUUUUAUGCCCUUGCAGAGGACCUUCGUGCCAUCUUUAAAAGAUAUGCUCGUAAACGCAACAUUCUCAUUGGCCACUCAUAUGGUGUGUCAUUUUGCACCUUUCUGGCCCACGAAUAUCCUGAUCUGGUCCAUAAGGUGGUGAUGAUCAAUGGAGGUGGUCCCACAGCUCUGGAGCCCAGCCUGUGCUCCAUCUUCCAGCUGCCAUCUUGUGUCCUGCACUGUCUGUCACCCUGUCUGGCCUGGAGCUUCCUCAAAGCUGGAUUUGCCCGUCAGGGUGCCAAAGAAAAGCAGCUGCUGAAGCAGGGCAAUGCCUUCAACGUGUCUCCGUUUGUCCUGCGAGCCAUGAUGAGUGGCCAGUACUGGCCUGAGGGGGAUGAGGUCUACCAUGCUGAGCUCACUGUGCCUAUCCUUCUGGUUCAUGGCAUGUGUGACAAGUUUGUGCCCAUGGAUGAAGACCAGCGCAUGGCAGAGAUCCUCCUCUUUGCAUUCUUAAAGGUUAUUGAGGAAGGAAGUCACAUGGUCAUGAUGGAGUGUCCUGACACCGUCAACACCCUCCUGCAUGAGUUCUUUCUAUGGGAGCCUGACAUGUCUAGAAAAGACAGCAGUAAGACAGACACAGAGAAGACUGUUGCUCUCACUGACACUAUCCACACACUGAAAAUCAAUAAGCCUAUGGACAAAUAACUAAGAAGGAGUCUAGUUUUAUCACAGAACCAAGCAGAAGGCCUUUUUCGGCAUGUGUUCUUAAGGCUGCUCCCAGGCUGAGAGCUGUUAUAAACAGGGCCACGUCUUAAGGAUGUGGACGGCCACUGGUGCUCAAAGAUAAAGCAGGACUUAGGCAUGGUGCCAACCAGAGAGCGAUGGAACGAAUAUAAAGAUGAGAAGAAUGGAUACAAAUACAGUCAGUUUCUGCUUCACUUUUUGAUACCAGUUUGUGCUCCAUUGCGUCACGUUUGCAAAACGACACAACACCUGGAGAUCAGAAGGACUAUGUCCAUUCGUGAUUUGUGUGUGAAAUCUUUCUGGUGAACUGACUACUGCAGAAAGCAUAAAAUCCAUCAGAUGGUGUGUGAAUUUCCUCACCUUUAUCUUAAAUAUUCUGUAAAGUGCUGCAGAGCUUCCGUUUUACCUUUACACAAUGGUCUCACAUCUGCUUGCAAUGGGAAAAACAAUAUGAAGUGUAUUCAGGAAUUACAGAUCUGAUUUCCCAGUAUUAAGGUGAAGGACAGCUGAUAAUAGUUUAUUAUCAAAUACUGACUGGAUGGUAGUGGAAUAUGGGUUAGACAUAAAUAUAUACCAAUGUACAUGCAAAGUGUAUUUAAUAAUUGCACCACAUGCAUACAUACAUGACAUUAUGCCAGAAGGAGAAACACAAAAAAUCAUAGUUCAUCUGCAAUCCAGCCACAUAUUAACCACAUCCAUACAAUGUGCAGUGUACACCAUCUCACACAAAGGCUCAAAAUUACAGCUAUCGUCAAUACAAUUGGCUCAUCUAUUUCCAAAUUACAGCAAUUUAUUUUGCAUAUAUUGAACUCUAAUAUAAAAUCUAAUUCCAAAAAGCUAUGUGUGUCUAUGUUAAGCACAAUGUAACCAAUUCAUAGUUGCAUGAAAAUUAAGUAAUAUCAAUGAGAGUUGUAUGUGAACUGGUUGCAAAAACAGAUGUAAACAAACAUGGAUGCCAAAAGAUUCUUCUCCUUUAUUUUAGCAGCCAUUUCUUCAAUAGUAUAUAUUAUCCUAAGGAUACAAAGUACAGAGGCCCUGCAUGACUUCAGAACAUGAAAAGAUAUGAGGGUUGUUUCAGAUAGUUGCAAUAUAUUCUCAUAUUGAAAAAGCCCCAGUGGACUCCUCUCUAAUCAAAUAAGUGUUCCUUUUAAUGUAUAUGAAGUAUUAUUUUGCCUUUAUUCUGAAAUAACAGCAACUGCCAUAACAAAUUGUGGUUGUAUUGACCGCUUUAAGCUGUUGUGUCUCUCGGCUGGUAAAUGCAAGACAAGAGUAUAUUCCCCUACUCCUUUUCAGACCAACCUAUUUGUCUAAUAGUGUCAGACAGAGAGACUGAGCUAAACAUUAUGCUCACGGAAAGACAUUCAUUCAUGGGUGCUGCUUCGUCUCAUAGUGGGACAAUAAAAUGCAAGUAAAAGCACAGUCUAUUAUGUUCCCUGACAGUGCUUAUCUGCUGACUGGAUAGUUUAUACUGUUUUGAGUAGCAGAAGGUGUAAAUUGUUGGAUUUGAGACUGAGUGUCCAAAACUUAAAAUCAAACAUGAUUCAGCCAAAGGAGAAAGUCCCCUAAAAAGAGGGAUAUUUGUACUGACCAUGCUGGUCUGUUAUACAGUAUAUGCAUUUUGACAGAAUGCGGAUGCAACACGACUGGUCUUAUGCAACAACAACAAAUAAAAAGGAAUGGAGUGGAAAUAAACUGACAUGGCACUGACACCUCAAAAUAUCAUAUAUUCUCUAUGAACUUUCCAAAAACCAACAAGUGCUGCUGAUGCAAUGUACUGUAUGUCUCCUUUGGUGUAAAAGGUCAGUAAAACUGUAUGGACUACAGGGUGCACAUGUACUUCCUCUUAUGCUAGAAGUGUGCAUAUACAAACUGUCAGUGCUCAUAUGUGCUAUAUCUUUUUGUGGUUAACAAAAUGUGUUAAUGUUAUUGUUGCAUUUAUUCAUGGGAAUCAUAAUAUAUGCAC